UCUGAUACAGAGUUUAUGCUUGUUUUAAACAGACGAGAGCAACUGUAGGGCAAUCGUGUUUCGGCAUAAUUAGAAACCGGUACAUUUUUGACAUACGGAUGAUUAGAAUGUUUAUAGAAAGCAUCUGGCUUUAUAUUUAUCGUACGUCGUUAUAUACUAGUUUGACAGGUGAGAUAAACUUCAAGAUAACUUGAUAUUUUGCUAAGAGAAGAAUACUUGCAUCGAAAAGACUGCGAUGUUGGCAUCUAGUUAUCGAUAGUAAAAUAACUGUUUACAAGUGGACAUUUUUGGUGUUUAAAUAUCAAUAAAAAUGGAUUUUAUAAAAAUGGCGCGUUUCGUUUGCUAUUCUGUAUUACUUUUAGUGUUCGCGAUACCAGUUAUAAAAUCACAGGAAAGCGCGGAACAAGUGGCCGUCCAGACGCCAUUGGGUAUUUUUAAUGGACUUUCCGAUAGAAUAACUUUUGAUAAAUAUCGCAAAUUUUACACUGCAUUCAAGGGAGUAGCAUAUGCCAAGCCGCCAGUGAAUGAUCUGAGGUUUCGCCGACCCUUACCGAUGGAGUUUAGGAACGACCAUAUUCACAAUGCGACAUUUCACCGUCUCCAGUGCGUACAACCGCCUGGCGCAUUGAGGAAUAUAACGUUGGAACAAAGCGAGGAUUGCUUGUAUUUAAAUAUUUAUUGUCCGGGACGAGGUGUCAACACGAGCAGCAAUUACCCGGUAAUGAUUUACAUACAUGGAGGAAGCUUCAGCGUCGGAGGGGCUAAUAUUUUCUCGGGUGAUGUCCUUAGUGCGUUCAACGACGUGAUUUUGGUCACUAUAAACUACCGUCUGGAUGUUCUUGGAUUUUUAUCUUCCGGUCAGACCGGUGAAGGAAACUACGGCCUAUGGGACAUGCACCUUGCUAUCAAAUGGGUCAAUCAAUAUAUAAGAUACUUUGGCGGAGAUAAAACUAGAGUCACUUUGUUUGGAAAUUCUGCAGGAGGAGCAGCCGUCCACUAUCAGGCCAUGUUUCUCGGUAAUAAGGGACUAAUUCACAGAGUUAUUGCCCAGAGCGGUGUAGCAACAUCCGAUUGGUCUGUACAGAAUACGCCAUCAACGCAAUUUGAUGAAGUCGUGAACAACACGGGAUGCAAAUUGGGUCGGGAUUAUAAUGUUAUCAUGGAAUGUCUCCGCAAGGUAAACAGUGCUAAUCUCACAAUGCAAGGUUGGCGGUUUGCCCCUUCUAUCGACAAUGAUUUUAUUUUUGAACACCCAAAAUUAAUGUCACAUGGUUUGUCUCAGAAAAUUUCUGAUCAGCUCGAUUUCUUUACUGAAAUCGACUUCAUGACUGGGAUAACUAGCCAAGAUGGAUUUUACGACAUUAUGGAACCUGAAUACUUGGACGAAAUUGAUUUGAAAGAUAAAAUUAUAGCUUACGUCGAUCAAACUCGUGAAAAGAAAGUGCAAGAAAAUCGUUUAGGCGAAUUAAUAUAUCAGUAUACAAUUGUACCUAAACACACAACAAAAGAAUGGGAUACUACUGAAGUGUCUAGGUACGCUUAUAUAGAAUUUCAAACAGACAUUAUUUUUGCGAUACCAACGAUAUUAGCGUGUGACGAACACAGCGAGCUGGCGAAACGGAGUUUGGGGAAAGCUGGCAAAACUUAUUUCUAUUUCUACGACCAACAGCCUUCUUUUGCGCGUCAAGUCAAAUGGAUUCCAGGCGUGCCGCAUACAUACGAGCUACCCGUCCUGUAUGGAUUUACCGAGGACCUCAAUGUAAAAUAUACGAGCCCUUAUUUUGAAGAAUAUCCGCGUAAUCCAACGCCCGAAGAUAUUGAGAUGUCGAAAACAUUGAUGCAAUUGUGGACCAACUUUGCGAAAUAUGGGAGUCCUAACAACAGGAACGCUUCCAAUGAGCUCACUCUCCCCACAUGGCCGCAAUACCAAUCAGACACUGGCUAUUAUCUAGAGCUGAAACUGAACUUAACGGACACUUCCAUAAAGCAGCAUUACAAAUCAGAACGAUUGUCGCUUUUGAGCAGUCUUCAACAUUGGGUUACGAACAGCGGACAGUUCACAGUGAAACCUGUUGUUAGUUUUGUAUGGACAAUGCUGAUGCUGCUACAAAUGAAAUGAGUUAGACGUUACUUAAUAUGUUAGAAGUAGAAAAAUAAAGUGGUUUUAUAAUAUGUAAAAUGUAGCCUUCCUUUGAUUCUUUUCUGAGUAUAAUGUAUGCAAAUGGUGUUAUAUUUUAUUACCUGCUUGUUCCAAACACAUACUUUUCCGAUAUAAAUAUAACACACCAUAAUAACACAAUACGCAAUGGCAAUGAAUUAUGUUGCGAUUACGAACGAUUGUAAAUCCUGCAUAGAUGUUUAUGUGUACCGGCUUAAUAACGAUGUCUGUCGUUUUUGUUAUAUUUUUGUCAUUGAUAACAUCUUUCGAAAUCGGAAAUACUAGAAGGUGUUUUGUUAGAUUUACAUCGAUAAUUUAUAAUUAAAAAAGGCAAUAUCAUAUACCCGACACCUAUACUGAAACAAAGCGUGGGUAAGAACGUUGGUAUAUCCAUAAUGUUGUCAUGAUUAUACACACAACAAUUCUU